AUCCAAACGGAUGUUGAAGGAAUUGUGGGUGGCGGCGUUUGACCGGUAGUUUCUUCAUCGUCGGAGAGUAAGGGAGGCUUCUUGGGCAUGGAGAGCAGAAACUCUAGUCUCAGAAAUGACAUCUCUCCUCUGUACAAUGGUUCUCAUCUGAGCUCAGGGCUACCAAGUUGCCUGCUGGCUUCAAACCAUUAUGUGGACAAAAGGAUCCUACAGAAGAAAUGGUAAUUCUCCAGUUGCUUCCUGAGGUGUCCAGUUGUGCCCUAUGGAGAUCCAAUUCAGUUACGAAUCUCAAGACCAUCACUUUCUGUCAGAUGGUGAGACUAAGAUCAAGAUUGGAGAGCCAGCUACAGAGGAGGAAAUGACAGGAAAGAUUGGAACAGUGACUGAAGAGUCCGGCAGCCUUGAGGAGGAUGUUCCCCAUGACUCCAGAGGCAAAGAAUUCCGUGAAUUUGGAGAAGAAUUGAACGAUCAGAUGCUUUUCAGAAGAAGACAGUAUAACUGUGAUGAAUGUGACCAAAGCUUUGCUUGGAGUACAGGUCUCAUUAGGCACCAAAGAACUCAUUGGAAACCUUACGAAUGUGAGGAAUGUGGAAAGGCCUUUCGGAUGAGCUCAGCCCUGGUUCUGCAUCAGAGAAUUCAUACUGGAGAGAAGCCCUAUCCUUGUAGUUGGUGUAUUAAAAGUUUUAGUCGGAGCUCAGACCUUAUUAAACAUCAAAGAGUCCACACUGGUGAAAAACCUUACAAGUGUGAUGAGUGUGGCAAGGCCUUCAGUCAGAGCUCAGAUCUUAUGAUACAUCAGAGAAUCCACACAGGAGAAAAACCCUACCAAUGUAGUCAUUGUAGUAAAAGCUUUAGCCAGCACUCAGGCAUGGUUAAACAUCUGAGAAUCCACACUGGAGAGAAGCCUUAUAUGUGUAACCAUUGUUACAAACAUUUCAGUCAGAGCUCUGAUCUUAUAAAACAUCAAAGGAUCCACACUGGGGAGAAACCAUACAAGUGUGAUGUGUGUGGGAAGGCCUUUAGUCAGAGCUCUGAUCGUAUUCUCCAUCAGAGAAUCCACACUGGGGAGAAGCCAUAUCCGUGUGCUCAGUGUAACAAAAGUUUUAGUCAAAAUUCAGACCUUAUUAAACACAGAAGGAUCCACACUGGAGAGAAACCGUAUAAAUGUAGUGAAUGUGGGAAGGCUUUUAACCAGAGCUCAGUCCUUAUUCUGCAUCAAAGAAUUCAUACCGGAGAGAAACCCUAUCCGUGUAACCAGUGUACCAAAAGCUUUAGUAGGCUUUCAGAUCUUAUUAAUCAUCAACGAAUUCACACCGGAGAGAAGCCUUACCCAUGUAGUCAGUGCAGUAAAAUGUUUAGUAGAAGGUCAGACCUUGUUAAACAUUACAGAAUCCACACUGGGGAGAAGCCCUAUGAGUGUGAUAAGUGUGGCAAAACUUUCAGUCAGAGUUCCAACCUUAUUCUCCACCAGAGAAUCCACACUGGAGAGAAACCAUACCCGUGCAACAGCUGUUCUAAAAGCUUCAGUCGCGGUUCAGAUCUCAUAAAGCAUCAGAGGGUCCACACUGGAGAAAAACCAUACACGUGCAAUCUGUGCAGUAAGAGUUUCAGUCAAAGUUCAGACCUCACUAAACAUCAGAGAGUGCAUUCUGGGGAGAAGCCCUACCACUGUAGUAGUUGUAACAAAGCCUUUCGUCAGAGUUCUGACCUUAUUCUCCACCACAGAGUUCACACGGGAGAAAGACCAUAUGCGUGUACACAGUGCCCUAGAAGUUUCAGUCAAAAGUCAGACCUGAUUAAACACCAGAGAAUUCACACUGGAGAGAAGCCAUAUAAAUGUAUGUGUGGGAAGGCUUUCAGUCAGUGCUCAGCCUUUACCCUUCAUCAGAGAAUCCACACUGGAGAGAAACCGUAUCCCUGUGCUCAGUGUGGCAAAAGCUUCAGUCAGCGCUCUGAUCUGGUUAACCAUCAAAGAGUUCACGCUGAUCAAAAACUACAAAUGUGACUGAUACCUGUGUGAAGCCUUCAGCACUGUGACCAAUCUUACUGGAUAUCAGAGGAUCUGCAGGAGCCGUUUGCACCUCUCUGAAACGAGAAAAAGGAAGAGUGCCUCCCAGGCGGAAUCAAAGCAGGUCAGUUGGCAGAGUUCCCGGCUUGCUGAUGCAUGGAACAAUGAGAAGAGGUGUGCUUGAGGCUCAAGUCAAGGGCUGAAUCUUCUGUUGACCUUGGUGGAAGGAACGGGGCUUACUGGAUGGGAACAGAUGUCUUGUGUGUAUAUUGCAGCAAAUUGUUAAUACUGGCUUGUGGCUUUGCUCCCCAUGGUACUGUAGUAUAAAAAAGGCUAUGAGAAAUACACUCACUGCUGGCGUGGUAAUGACCUGCAGCCCUCCCAUGUCUGUCUCUUGCAUCGUUUUUCUGUCUUUCCUAUAAUCAUCCUCACUUCCCCCUCAGGGGCUGUUCGACUUCACGCCGGCCGGACUAGUUCAAGGAUCCACAUAGAAGAGAAGCUUCUGACCUCGUGUUCAGGGAAGCAGAUGUUUUAACAAAUCUGAUCUUGGUGAUUUUAAGUAAAUGCAUUCUAGGCAGGCACAUGCCUUUAAUCUCAGCACUUGGGAGGCAAAGGCAAGUGGAUCUCUAUGUUUGAGGCCAUCCAGGGCUACACAUAAAAAUCUGCCUUGUGGGGAAAAUUAGAACAAAUGGGAGGUCGGGGGAGGGGAGAGGAAGAGAGGCAUUCUAAGGAGGAAGACUGCAUAAAUGUGGGAAAGCCUGUAGUGUACAAAUGCAAAGAGCAUACUAGAACAGAAUCUUAUCAAGCUAUAAUGACCAUAAAAUAGGUUUUAAGCAAUGUUCAGCCUAUGCUCUACUUAAAAAACACUGAAAGAUUAACUUUAUAACAAUUUAUAUUAGAGCCAAGAAUUACUGGUAUUAUGGAAAUCCUAAGGUGCUCUGGGAAUUGUAUGAAAAUCUUCAUUGCUUGUAAUUUUUUAAAAAUGAAUUAAUAGGCAAAAAUAAAAAUUCUUACCUUUGCUGUGA